UCUUCCUCCACCAGCAGCUCCCAAAGCCCAGAUGUAGGCUGGGUGGAUACGUUUCUGAUACCAUGGGAUACAUUUCCUCAGGAACUAAUGCAAUUUUUGGAGAGAGGAAAACGACUAAGUCCACGAAUGAGAAGAGAGAUGGUCCGAAUUGUGGUAAAUGAGAUGAUGCGAAAAUGUUCAUGCCCAAAUAAAAGGAAUUCUACUGAAGUUGCCAAAAAGAUGGUAGCAAAGUAUCCAGAGUCUCUCCUGGAUGUAAUAGAGGGGGAUGUGGUUGGGCCAGGGUACCAUUCUUUAGUGAAGCAGUUGCAGUAUAGGAUUGAAAAUGUGAAGCGAUCUACGACACCCAAAAUAAGAAAACGAAGACAUCAGACUGAUGACUCUGACACGGACGAAAUUCCUCCAGAAAAGAGGGCAGCAAUUCAGGAUACGUAUGGAUGCAUUAACUGGCAUGUAAAAUUCCUGCCACAGGGAGAGACCUCUGAAAGUCAGGAGGAAAAGAAAGAGAAAAUGAAGAUAAUGUCUCGUCAAACUGAUGCAAACGCAGAAGAAGUCAGACAUCUAAUGAAAUUGACUUUCUACACACAACGUAACCAAGUCAAUCAGGGCAAGAAUAUAAAAUGCCUCCUGGAGGAUUGGCCAUGGUGGUUUAAUGAGCUUGGCAUGGCAGUUCACUACAAGGAGCUUACCGGAAUUGGUCUUUAUGAAACUUUCACACGGAAUCUGGACUUGAAGGUGAAACGACUACUAAACUACUUCAGUACUGUUGGUGUGAACAAAAACAAAAAGUUCCUGCAGGACUUAACAAAGUUUAAAAUGAUGAGGGGAGAGCUAAGUGGUUGCUCUGAAGAUGUGAAAGAGAUGUUGAUGCUUUUGAUUUCCUACUUUAAUGAGAAGGAAGAUGCUAUGUUCUGUCAUGUGGAGGACACAUGCCUCGCAGAAGAGGUAGAGAUGGACAAAGUUAAUUUGACCCCAACACUUGUUGUGUGUGGCCAAUCCUGCUUUUCGUCGAAGCGUUUCAUGCUGUGUGUGGAUCAAAAUAUUGUACAUGACAACAUCCCCUCCUUCAUUUCCGCCCUGUGCAUGAUGUUUGGAAGCUAUUAUUGCUUUAACAUCCAUUACCCAUCAGAGCUGGCAUCAACCUUGGAGUUUUUGCAGAGGUGUUUCUUCUCUAUCAACCCAGAGAAAGGCACUAAAGUGGAGGAGACAAACACAGCCCGACUUCAUGUGAACCCAAGAGUUCUUACCUUGAUUCAGGCGCUUUCAGAUCAUGAAUGGCGUGACGUCUAAAUAUGGACUGAAGUCAGUAAGAUUUGACAAACAGUGAAUGCCAGUUUCUCAGGUUUAUUUGAUCUGCCAUGCUUAAUGUAUGUGUUAAGUUUGUACACAACUGUUAAGAGUUUUUAUUGCUCUAGUGUUUUCUGAAUUAGGUUAUUUCUGAAUUGCUUGUUUGUAUGGAAUAUUUGUUUAUAAAACAACUCUUAAAUGUUCUUAAACCGAUUUAAGAGAAAAGUCAGUAACAUUUUAUAAUAACUACACACUAUAAAUAAUUUAUUAAGCAUUAGCAUAUAGUGAAUUCAUUAACUGUUGAGCACUAACUCUAAAUUAAUAAACAUUAUUUGGCAGUUUAUAACAACUGCUAAAAUGCUGUAUUCUUGAUUUAAAAACACGUGUAAUGUGCCUAAUAAUUGUGUUUUCAUACUUUGUUAAUGAUUCUUUUUUCAUUACUGAAUUAAGUACUGCAUUAUUUACAAACCAGUUGUAUUUUAGAGUAUUUCAGGGUUUUUAGGAUCAUUUAGAAUGAAUUGGUAAAUGGUUAAUAAACUAUUCAAAUCAACAUUUAUAAUUCUUAUUAUUCAGGCAUAUAUUAAUAGUUAAUUUGUAUGUUAUUUAAUUCUUUAUUAACUCAACUUUAUCCUCACUAAUCCAAAGUGAGGACUAUGCUUUAUAAAUCC